UGUUUAAUUACAAUUCUUUUUUCACCUCUGUGUUUAAAUUUUUUACAUCGCCACGAAAGGACACAAAAACCACACGUUACUUCCGCUUAAAACAUGGCCGAGUCACCCUCCGAGUCAACCUCCGACUCGCCUACCACCACAUCCUCCACGCCCGAUCAAUCCGCCACUAUCGCUAUUUCAACCCCACAAAAUGGCAAUGCCUCCUUCCCCGAGAUCCCAAUCGAGAUCGUCAGUGAAGAAGAAAUGGCUAUCCUCGAUGCAGCGCUUGCAGCCACGCGCUCGAUCUUCCCUUCCGUGAUCCGAUCGGCUGCUUCUCCGUCGCGGAUCCUCGCCGGCGGAAGCCCCAAAACUAUCCGUCCAAUAGCCAUAUUACCCAAAAGGAAAUUCUCGGCUUGUUCGGAUAUUGAAGAUUCUUUCUUGCAUCGGUUUAGAAAAAAUCAAGCUUUGGGUGUCACUGAUCUCACCGGCACAGAAUGGUGUGAGAAACAAAUGGAGAAUGUUCUUUGUUUUGGCAGGAGAAAAGUCAGCAAAGCUAUGAAACUUGGUCAGGCUCGUCAUUUGGAGCUUGAAGAAGAGGUAAUCAAAAAGGUUAGAGUAAGAGUUGAAUCAAAUGAAGAUAAGUGGGCCUUGAAGCUGUUGAGUUCCAUCGCAGGCGUUAACCAGUUCUUGUUUGAAGGACGAACCCGUGAAUUGCUACUCGUAGGAUUUGUUGGAGGUCAAUGGAUUGUUGGAAUUAUUGACGAGGUUAAGGCAUCUGCGGCUAGCGGACCGCUUUUGACCGAUACAAAGACUCGAAGCCGUGACACACUCCCAGCUGAGCCACAAAGAAGGAAUGGAAGGCUACAGGUAAUGCUUUACAAGCUUCUAUGGGACACUGUUGUGAAAGAGGAGUUUCCGGCAGGACGCUUUUUCGACUACUUCUCUUUGGAUCGCCACUGUGUCUUAUCGCAAGAUGUCAGAGAUAACAUUGCUGAUGCAGGAAUCCCAGCACGGACACUUGAAGAGAUAGUUAGGUACUAUGAUAACACUUUUAAGAUGCUUCCGAUAGCAAAUGAUCAGUUACUACUACGGUACGAGUUUCAGAAGGACAAAUCCAUAAUAGCUGAGAUUAGAUUCCCCUAUGAUCCUGAGUGGGUGAUGAGUAAAUACAGAGAAGUCAUUGAGUUUUGGAGAUGUGAAAGAGAAGCUGAGUACACACCUGAAGAAGAACGUUGGAAAUGUCGGUUUUGCCAAUUUGCUAAGUCUUGCCCUGGAAAUCCGAGUUUCGAAUCUCCUGGCCCGAGCUCACCACCAAGAGAGACUCCUUCUCUAGAAUGCUAAAGUUUGAUGCUUUGAUCAAAACCUGCUCAGUGCUAACAUGUUUAGUCUUUUGCACAUUUGCUUCCCUCUUCAUUUUAGUUCUUGCAUAGUGUGUAGCGAUUUGAUUCCGGUGUAUCGUUUCCAAUAUUCAAACGAAUUGUUAUUUUCUUGUACACACACCUUGUAUGUACCAAUGUACCAUUGUUUCCAAUUUUUAAUUUA